AUGAACGUCAGCAUCUACGACUAUCCGCGGGAGAUUUGGGUGACGCUGCCACCCUGGGAAAUGCUGGUGAAAACUAUCGCCUUCCUGCCGGUGAUAUCGUUCGGGAUAUUUGGGAACAUCGCCCUGCUGUGCAUCGUCGGGACGAUCCGCGCCCUGAAGACGCCCACCAACGUGCUGAUUGCCAACUUGGCCGUGGUGGAUUUGGCCACGCUGAUCGUUUGCCCGAUGAUGUUCAUGGUGCAUGAUUUCUACCAGAAUUACGUGAUGGGCGCGAUCGGUUGCAAGAUGGAGGGGUUUUUGGAAGGAUCUCUACUAAUCACCUCGGUCCUGUGUCUGUGUGCGAUCAGCUACGAUCGCUUGACGGCAAUCGUAUUCCCGAAGAAGUCCAAGCUAACCUUUCGAGGAGUUUGGACGUUGAUAGCGUGCACCUGGAUCAUCGGGUUUCUGCUAGCCCUCCCGUUGACCAUCUACCGAAACUACAAGGAACGACCGUGGAAGAACUACCUGGAGACGUUUUGUGCGGAGAACACCAGCUUUCUGCCACCGUACUGGCACGUGCUGAUCGGAGCACUGGUUUGGUUUCCCCUUACGGUGAUGAUCUUCUGCUACAGCAUGAUAUUCCUCAAGCUGGAUCGUUACGAGCGAAGAGUGAUGCAACGGGAACAUCCCAUUGCGGUGUCCUACCGGAAGAAGGUCGCUCGAUCAUUGUUCAUAGUGCUGGUUGUGUUUAUUCUACUGAGGGUGCCAUUUACAACGCUGGUUUUUAUUCGAUACAAUCGAUUCGUGAAUGAAAAUACCAGCCAGAUUGGGAAGGAUUUUGUGAUUCUGUGGUAUGUGUCGCACUAUCUGAUAUUUCUGAACGCUGCAGUGAAUCCACUGAUUUACGGUUUGACGAAUGAUAACUUCCGGAAGGCGUACAAUCAGACGAGGAUCUGGAAAUGCUUCUGGCAUAGCAAAACGUUGAAGAAGCUCGAACCAAAACGCGAACCAGUUAUCAUGACCAUCGGCCAACUUCAACCUCGUGGUCCUUGCGGCAGUGAAAAGCUCGGUGACCUGUCGGGCUGGGUAAUUCCAGCGAAACCAAACAAUCCCAACUCCCCAACGGAAGAAUCACGCGAAACGAAAACGUCCCAGCUGAAACCUACCACCGAAGAUGCGCAGACCAAGUCCACCUCGCACAAAGGAACGUCAUUCUACGGUUGUAAUCUUGUUUUGGGUGAUCAAUGUCAGAACAGAGAACUUAAACCACCUUCGACGUUGUUUAUUUAGAUAAGCUUAAGAGUAUAGCGAAUAAAGUCACACGUGCUGUCAUGA